AUGCAGCCGCCAUCGCUCCACCCGCCGCCGCCGGCGGCCACUCGGCGGAGUCGAAAGGGACGAGCCAGCAGGAGGAGAGACCGGACGUGGCACGUCACGGUGUUCAACAACAUGCCCGUGCCGUGGGAGAGGGACUGGGCGGAGCUUCCCCAGGACGCGAUCUCCUGCAUCCUCCGCAAGCUGGACCAGGUGGAGCUCCUGCUCGGCGGCGCCGCGGCGGUGUGCCGCUCCUGGCGCCGCGUCGCGCGGCACGAGCCCGAGCUGUGGCGCUGCAUCGACGCGCGCGACCUGCCGGCCGUUCCGCCCUUCGGCUGGCAGGCCGUCCGCACCAAUCUUGUGCGCGCCGCCCUGCGGCUCAGCGCCGGCCAGUGCGAGGUCUUCGCCGCCGAGCUCUUCGACGAUGACCUCUUCCUCCUCCUCGGCGAGCAGGCACCCUUACUAAAGAGGCUCUAUCUCAUCAAGUGUUAUUACGUCUCAAAGGAAGUAUUUGCAAAGGUUAUGCGCAAGUUCCCUCUCCUUGAAGAGCUCGAGCUUUCGAUGUGGUUUGGUAGCACGGAAAUGCUCGAGAUCGUCGCUGAAGCCUGCCCACACUUGAAGCACUUCAGUCUCAUAAAAAAAGAUCGUUUUUACAAACCUGGAGAUGAUGGUAAUGCUUUCGCGAUUGCGAAGAUGCACGAGCUACGUUCCUUGUAUCUCGACAGCAACAGACUCACCAACAAAGGGCUGACAGUGAUCCUUGAUGGCUGUCCCCACCUAGAGCACCUUAACGUUUUCGAAUGUAAGUAUCUCAGGAUGGAUGAUGACCUGCUGGAGAAGUGUUCUCGAGUUAACAUGGAUGGCCCUCGGUACUCUUUGCCAUAUCUGCCUUGCAGUUGUUGUUGGAGUCCUGACUAUCCGAAUCACGAGGAUUAUGAGGAUUACCGUGAGGAUUCUUAUUACUACAUCAGUGAUCACAUCGACGACAAUGAUCUUGCAGAACACGAGAGGCUUCUUGACGUCAAGGGCAUGCGGAGGUACUUGCCCUAGUGAGAUCUGGUUGUUUUGGUUGGAGUUCCCGCAUACUGUGCUCUCGCCGAUGGAAUGGUGGUUUGCUGCAUCAAUUAAUUUCCACCACGGGUUUUCUUAUCCACCUUUUUUCACCGAAGUUUGAUGUCCAUCGAUUCUUUUCGAAAAAGGGAAUACUCGGGCCUCUUCAUCAUGCGAUGCACACAGCCAAUUUGAUGUCCAGUUUUAUUGGAAUAUAUGAUUGUUCUCUAUAAAAGAAGUAUCGAUGAUGUGCUUCUUUGUCUUGCUACUGCCAGUUGUGCCAUGUGAAGGAUGCCAUCAUGAAAAUUGUACACGGAGGUUCAAGGUUGCUGGUUCUCAAGUUAAACUUCAUUUGGUAGACAUGGCGACAAUCAGGCAUUCGUCCGUCCGUCCUUGCUCUUUUAUGAUUGAUGAAGCUUUGGUGUUAAUGGCCUGAUCCCGGGAAUGUAACAAAGGCGGAUCAAUAAUCUCAACGCAGUCCGUCCGUCAAAUGCUUGUGCCAAGAACUCGUACUAGAUGCUUAAAAUAAUGUGUGCAUCCAUGCAUGUCAAAACUGUUUCCAUGUAUACUUUUGUCA